AUGCCCUCCACACUCAAACCACGUCUGCUCUCUGCAGCUGUGCUGCUCUGCGCAUUCGCUGCCGGUGCAGCCGCCCCUGCAGCCCUCACAGGUGCACCCCUGGACCUCCUGGCAGGUGACGCUUCAGGUGAGGAGAGUGUGGAGGAAGCCCCUCCCCUCGCGUCUAAUGUCUUGAGGACCUGGGAAAGAGUCAUCGAGCCAACCAAACGGCACCAGAAAGAGUUUGAGGAGGAAUUUCACGGAAAUGUGGAUUAUAUCCUUCUGGACAGCCACAAACAAGCCUCUUUUCCAGUGAAGUGCCCAAUGUCCAACUACAGUAAGGAGGCCUGUCUGCAGAGGCUGGCCCAAGGCCUGCUGGUCUACAGCGUCCUGCUGAAGCAGGUGGAGAAGGAGUACCCGGAUAACUCCAUCCUACGGGAGCUCAAACCCGGCAUCCCGCUGCUGGUCGCACAGAUCAAAGAAACGAUGAAAAGGGGCGAGCGGGUCUCGGCGCCGAGCAGCAGCCAGGAGGAGCAGCUGCUGAAGCAGCUGGACAGUCCCGACACCUUCCAGAGGAGGAUGACGGCGCACAGCAUCCUCAGCCACCUCCGCUUCUUCCUCAUCGACGGCAAAAGAGCCUUCCGCAAAUGGGAGACGCCCAGGAGGCAAAAGGUCGAGCCGGCGGCGUGAGCGGACGCCAGCGACAGAGCGGGCCGUUCACAAACCUCAGGGCAGCAGGACGGAGAUUCUUCUCAGGGUUUUUGGAAAACGAUUUCACCGUCACACUGUGAGCGUCUGGACUGAUAACCUCCCCUCAGGGUGCUUUAUUUAUACUAUUUAUAUUAAUGUCAGGAUUUAUUUAUUGACAAAUUCCCAGAGUGGUGGAAUAAAUUCAUUUUUAACUUUUUAAUGCAAUUAUGAGGCAGUUUGUUUGUUUGUUCAGAUGUAUUUUGAAGGAUUUUGCAUCAAAUUUCACCAUUUCUGCAGAUGCAGAAGCUACAAUAAUUUUCUUAAAUAAACAUCAUUCAUACAACCACUAAAAACUUUAUUUUUGUUUGUUUUUUUAUAAAAAUAUUCUAAAAUCUUAAAAACUGAGGAAAAUUGUUGGGAAUGUCUGAUCAUUAAGAAGCUACAACUGAGUAUUAGGAUCACCAUCAA